GCAGGAAGAUAGGAAGGGAAGGAAGCGUAUAUAGCUUGCCGUUUAACGUUUUACAUACAUGAACCUUGUCAAAGUGCUCGAGAGCUAAAUUAUUAAUAAAUAUAAACCAACUGGCGUGACUUAAGGCAUUGUGUCUUUGGCCACGGUGAAGGCUGGGAAUAACCAUCUAGCUGUUGAUCUGGCUAGCUCGUACAGGACAUUUACUCGUUUUAACCAAAUGUUUUAUUAUGGUGGCAAUGAGUUGAGAUGCUAACAUUAGCCUGACUGCGCUGCCGUUGACGACUAGCAAGAUGAACGAAGGGCAGCAUGUGAUCAAACCACCGACCGAAACGAACGAGAUGCCGAAGCGACAAGCUGAGGGUAUCGGGAACUGGGGGGACGCUGACCACGUAGGAAAGAAGCUGAAAGUGAAUCCAGAUGAGCAAGAAGAGAGGAAAUUCCCCAAGAGAAAAGUGGUGCUGCUCAUUGCAUACUCUGGCAAGGGCUAUUAUGGCAUGCAGAGAAAUGUUGGAUCUAUCCAGUUCAAAACCAUUGAAGAUGAGUUAGUCAUGGCCCUGGUCAAGUCAGGGUGUAUUCCAGAGAAUCAUGGAGCUGAGAUGAAGAAAAUGUCCUUUCAGAGAUGUGCAAGAACUGACAAGGGUGUUUCUGCAGCAGGUCAAGUUGUGUCACUUAAACUUUGGCUAAUAGAUGACAUCUUGGACAAAAUCAACAGCCAUCUACCAUCACAGAUCAGGGUGUUGGGACUGAAACGAGUAACCGGUGGCUUCAAUUCCAAGAACAAGUGUGAUGCCAGGACGUAUUCUUACAUGCUUCCGACUAUUGCCUUCGCCCCCAAAGAGCUGGACCAUGAGGAUGGAAGCUACCGCUUGGAUAAGGAAACCCUGCAGAGGGUAAACCGACUGUUCUCCUGUUUCAAGGGUACACACAACUUCCACAACUUUACCUCCCAGAAGGGCCCACGGGACCCCAGCGCCCGGCGGUACAUCAUGGACAUGGCCUGUGAGGAGCCCUUUCAGCGGCAGGGUAUGGAGUUUGCGGUCAUCAAGGUGAAGGGACAGAGCUUCAUGAUGCAUCAGAUCCGUAAGAUGAUUGGUUUGGUGAUCGCUGUGGUGAAGGGCUAUGCCAAGGAAUCCAUUCAGGAGAGGAGCUGGGGUGAAGAGAAAGUGGACAUUCCCAAGGCUCCUGGGCUGGGCCUGGUGCUGGAGAAGGUGCACUUUGAGAAGUACAACAAGCGCUUUGGGGAUGAUGGAGUUCACGAGCCCCUGGACUGGGCCAAGGAGGAGGAGCUCAUCGCAGCAUUCAAGGAGGAGCACAUCUACCCUACCAUAGUUGAUACAGAGCGAGAGGAGAAGUCCAUGCUGAGCUGGAUGAAAACUUUGGACAUCCAUGACUUUGAGGCCACUGUGACAGUGCCCCAGGGUAACCGAGACUUGACACAGGAUGAUGAUGAAGAUGGAAAUGGAUCCGAUUAAAUGCUCAAUGAAACUGGACAGACACCAUUUGCUCCUGAAGAAGGCAUUGCUUAAUGUUUGCUGAGGAAUUAUUAGUUUUCCAUUCCUGCUCAUAAUAAAAGUUUUUUUUAGCAUAACUCGGGUGCUUUUCAUGUAAAGAGUGAUUGUUUUAUCAUUUGGACAAGGAGUGAUUUGUUUUUCUGUUAUUUAUGGUUGUAUUAAAAACAGGGUUCUUGUCUAUGGAGGGUACGAUCUCAAGGAGUACCUCAAGGUUCAAGGAGUAAAUAAAUUUAUACAAUUACCAAAUGUGACUUCAUGCUGCUGACAACACUCGACCAAAUUCCUCCUUCUACAUUGUGGAUGUAAAUAUAGCAAAAAAGCAAGACACGGUGUAGAGUCCAAAUUUGCAUAUUUUAUUAUUUCUGUUAAAUUUCUCUGAGCUUUUUACAUAUGUUGUAUUUGCAUGAAAUGUAAUACUUUGUUUUCAUUUGUAUUUAUUUCUGUAUGGGGCUUUGGUAGUGGGGGGUCAAGUGAUUUUCAAGAUGAUUUUGAAUAGUUCUUUAGGCAAAAUAGCCUGGACUUGCAUAGUGGAAAAUACAUUACAAGGUGAUGUGAAAUUUUACAAGCAGUGAAAGGAAGAACAAUGAAAUAAACAUGUAAUUAUUUUCA